AUGUGGUCAUCAUUUGAAAUUACAUUCUGCAAUUUUCUUUCAUCUGUCAAAAGUAUACCCGAUGAAAAAGCGGUUGAUGGUUCUGCUCUACAUCGAUGGGUUGAAUCAAAUAAAAUUUAUGCAUCAGGAUUAAUUGUUAGUGCUUAUAUCGAACAGUAUAGUCAUUGGAAUGCUAUGGAAUCUCUUUCAUCAUUACUCAAAAAACAUAAUAUUCCAGGCCUUUAUGGUUAA